AUGUCCCUCCUGCAGUCUCCCCGGCAAUGUAAUCCGGCGGAUGCCGGCAUCUGUCAUCUGGGUUCUGUCCCCUGCGAGCGUCGGGACGUAUGGGGGACGGAACGGUGGGAAAUUUAAAAAUGACAAAAAUAAAACAUUCCUGUAUCAAACCAUUUCACAUACAUUUUGUCCCGAGUGCUUUGUCCUGUGCCCUGCCUGCAUUUUUUAGUGUUCUUUCUGCCUGGAAACUGAGAAACGUCCAUGGCAUCCAAAAAGCAUCCCUUUAGGUCAAAAUCGGUUUUAGACGAGCUAGAGAACAGCGAUAGUAAAUCAGAACUGCUUGCAGAAUUGA